AUGGACUCAACAAAGUCCAACAUCCUGGUGAUAGGAUUUGGCGGCAUCGGCACCAUGACCGCAUACAAUCUCGAAGCAGGUGGACGCGCAACAGUGACUGGCGUCCUCCGCUCCAACUAUGACCUCGUAGCCUCGCGUGGUUUCAGAAUCUGGUCCUGUGACCACGGUCAAGUUGAAAGCUGGAGACCUACAUCGGGUAUGAACGCUGCCAGACCUGUCAGAAACAAAGCUGACAUGAUGAUAGUCACAAAGGCCGUCCCUGACGCUCGCACAAUGGCCUCACCUUUCGACUACAUCGUCGUCUGCACAAAGAACAUCCCAGAUAUACCACCCACGGUCGCCGAAGUCAUAGCCCCUGCAAUCACCCCGCGCCACACCUCCGUCGUGCUCGUUCAAAACGGUAUCAAUAUCGAAAAGCCGAUUAUCGCUGCCUUUCCGGAGAAUGUCGUGAUCUCUGGUAUAUCCCUCAUGAACUCCUCAGAGCUCCGACCUGGCGAGAUCUUCCACCAGGACCAUGAUAACCUAAUCAUUGGUGCAUUUCGCAACCCUAAUCUGGAUAUUGAGACGGAAUGCCGAGCUGCGAAACUCUUUACAGAUCUGUACAACGCCAGCGAAAAAGCAACAGGGGAGUACAGUGCAGAGGUCCAGUUUAUGCGGUGGCGCAAACUAGUCUACAAUGCUUCAUAUAACUCUCUCUGCGCCAUAACGGGGAUGGACACAUCCAAGCUCAGACUCACGCAUACAGCUGUGACGGAGCUUCUACUUCCUGUUAUGCUGGAGGUGAAGAGCGUUGCCAGGGCGGCGGGGUAUCAGCUUGCGGCGGAUCAGGAGGAUAUAUCUUUGAAUGGAGACCCACUGUAUGGGUAUUUCCGGCCUAGUAUGCAGCAAGAUAUCGAGAAGGGGAACUUCAUGGAAGUGGAGGUUAUUGUUGGUGAGGCUGUGAGGGAGGGGCAAAGACUGGGAGUGCCUGUCCCGAUGUUGUCGACCGUUUAUUCGCUGUUGAAGGUGUUGCAAUUUCGGACGAAGGUGAACAAGGGCAUGGUGGAGCUGCCCCCUAUGAAGGAUUUUGGGGCCGGGAAUAUCGUGGAAGUGUCGAAGCCGUAG